AUGUCUGUAAACGAAAGAGCUAAGCUUGGACGUCGUAUAGCUCUCGGCAUUAUCAUUGAAACCAUGGUCAACAUCGCCCCGUCUACGGAGACGGUGGUACUUGUAAAUACUGGCAGAACCGUUUCUGUAGGCAGUUCCGUAAUCUGUCGAAGAAGAUUGAACUUACAAGCGUAUGCCUACUUACUUAUAUACAAUGCUGUGUACGAGCUUAUGACAGGAUUCUGGCCGGGAGAACGCAUGGGUAAACUGGGACAGGAGACUGCGAUGAUGAUUCCGCGGAAAGACUGGCCACCGCUUGAGGUAGAGUGUAUGGGUGAGAUUGUGCGGAAGUGCUGCGAGGGGAAUUUUGCGGAUGCAGAGCAGUUGAAGAUGGAGGAUUGA